AUGCAUCGAAAAUAAAAAUAAAGAUGUGAUAAUUUGAUUGAUAAUUUUAAUAAAUAAGUAGAAAAUGUUGAAUAAUUUUUUAAUUAAAAAUGGGAAUCAGAUAAGAAUAUUGAUUAUGUUAAAAAAGAAAGAUUCGUACUUUUGAAUUCUCAAUUAAUAGUUGAUUUCUUAAAUUCUAAAAUUAAAUUUAAUGAAUAUAAAAAAUUAAUUACAACAGUCAUUUAUAAUAGACUAAACAAUUAAUUAAUUCGUUUAAUAAUUUAUAUCAAUAAUUAUAAUUAUACUUCAUUUAAUAUUUUAAUUAUAAAGUAUAUUUUAAAUAAAUAUCAUCAUUUAAUUAUUAUGUAUGGACAAAUUAUAUUAACAAGGUAUUAAUUAUAUUACAUUUAUUAUUCUUAGGUUAUUAAUAAAUGA